AUGAGCCCAGCCUCCCCAUCAAUAUGCCCCGCACAUCUCGCGCAUAUCCUCAACCCUGUUGACUUCCGGCUUCCGAGCAUCUUCUUGCCUCCUUCAGCAGAAGCUUCCACCCGACACACAGAAGCUGAAGUCGCUCUUGCCCUUUCAAGCGACGCUGGCUUUGCGUUCCCACAGGCACCUCAAUCUCCCCAGGACAACGAUGCGGCCGCCGCAGCCCGCUGGGACGCCGACGCCCGACGCCGCCAUAGCCGCGCAUGCUCCGGCAAGACCCGCCUCUCCAUCCAGGAGAAGCUCGACAUCAUCUGCCUCUACUACUCCUCGGACGCAAUGCCGUCCAGCAGCCGCAGGGCGGUACACCAGUGGGACAUUGCGCUCAGAUAUGGAAAGAGCCGGGCGGCGAUCAGCAAGCUGCUGAAGCCGGAGCAUGCGAGGAAGGUGAUCGCGUCUGCAGAAGGAGGGAGGAUCAAGAACAGGUCGAUGAUUCUACAGAGUAUCAGGGAGGAAGCGGAGAGGAAGAGUAGAAGUGAGGAGGGAGGAGUGUGA